AUGUUUCAUUUCGUCUUUCUUUACAACUUUUUUAAUUCUUUCUUUCUUUCUUUCCUUCAUUAUUUCCUUCUUUCGGCGAUUACUUCUUUCUUUCUUUCUUUCUUCAUUAUUUCCUUCUUUCGGUCAUUACUUUCUUUUUCUUUCUUUUCAUUCUUCUUUUUUCCUUCAUUAUUUCCUUCUUUCGGUCAUUACUUCUUUCUUUCUUUCAUUCAUUUUCCUUCUUUCGGUCAUUACUUCUUUCUUUCUUUCUUUUUAUUUCCUUUCAUUAUUUCCUUCUUUUCCCUUCAUUAUUUCUUCUUUUCUUUCUUUCUUUCUUUCUUUCUUCUUUCUUUCCUUUUUUCGGUCAUUACUUUUUCUUUCUUUCUUUCGUUCAUUAUUUCCUUCUUUCGGUCAUUAUUUCUUUCUUUCUUUCUUUCCUUCAUUAUUUCUUUCUUUUUUCGGUCAUUACUUCUUUCUUUCUUUCUUCAUUCUUUUUCUUUCUUUCAUUAUUUCCUUUUUCGGUCAUUAUUUCUUCUUACUUUUUCUUUUUCUUUCUUUCUUUUUCAUUAUUUCCUUCUUUCGGUCAUUACUUCUUUCUUACUUUCUUUCUUUCCUUUCAUUAUUUAUUCUUUCUUUUUCGGUCCUUCUUUUCUUUCUUUCUUUCUUUCUUUCCUUCAUUAUUUCCUUCUUUCGGUCAUUACUUCUUUCUUUCUUUCUUUCUUUCAUUAUUUCCUUCUUUCGGUCAUUACUUCUUUCUUUCUUUCUUUCCUUCAUUAUUUCCUUCUUUCGGUCAUUACUUCUUUCUUUCUUUUCUUUCUUUCUUUCCUUCAUUAUUUCCUUCUCUCAGUUUCCUUUCUUUCAGUUUUUCACUUCUUUCUUUCUUUCUUUCAUUAUUUCCUUCUUUCGGUCAUUAUUUCUUUCUUUCUUUUUCUUUCUUUUCUUCAUUAUUUCCUUCUUUUCGGUCUUCUUUCUUCUUUUUUUUUCAUUAUUUCCUUUUUUCGGUCAUUUCUUUCUUUUUUAUUUUUCUUUUCUUUUCUUUCCUUUCAUUAUUUCCUUCUUUCUCAUUACUUCUUUCUUUCUUUCUUUCCUUCAUUAUUUCCUUCUUUCUUUCUUUCUUUCUUUCUUUCUUUCAUUAUUUCCUUCUCUCGGUCAUUACUUCUUUCUUUUCUUUCUUUCAUUUCUUUUCUUUCCUUCAUUAUUUCCUUUCUCUCUUUAUUUCCUUCUUUUCUUUUCUUUCUUUCUUUCUUUCCUUCAUUAUUUCCUUCUUUCGGUCAUUACUUCUUUCUUUCUUUUUUCUUUCAUUAUUUCCUUCUUUUGGUCAUUACUUCUUUUCUUUACUUUCUUUCCUUCAUUAUUUCCUUCGGUUUUUUUUCUUUCUUUUCAUUAUUUCCUUCUUUUCUUUCUUUCUUUCUUUCUUUCCUUCAUUAUUUCCUUCUUUCGGUCAUUACUUCUUUUCUUUUUUUUUUCUUUCUUUCAUUAUUUUUCUUUUUCAUUUCUUCAUUUUUCCUUCUUUCGUUCAUUACUUUUUCUUUCUUUUCUUUCUUUCUUUCCUUCUUUCGGUCAUUACUUCUUUUCUUUCUUUUUUUUCCUUCAUUAUUUCCUUCUUUCAUUACUUCAUUUCCUUCAUUUUUUCUUUUUUCUUUCUUUCUUUCUUUCCUUCAUUCUUUUUCCUUCUUUCGGUCAUUAUUCUUUUUCUUUCUUUCAUUAUUUCCUUCUUUCGGCCAUUACUUCUUUCUUUCUUUCUUUCAUUAUUUCCUUCUUUCGGUCAUUACUUCUUUCUUUCUUUCUUUCGCAUGCUCUAAUAUUAUACUAUUAUUUUUAUUUCUCCAUAUAUUUUCUUCUUUCUUUUUCUUUUUACAUUUUCUUUCUAAUUUCUUUUUUCUGUGUUUCAAUUCAGAUUGCCUUUUUCUGUAUUCCUUCUUUCCUCCUCCUCUUCCUUCUUUCUUUAUUUCCUUUAAUCUUUGGCUUACUUUUGAAUUAAGAGUUUCUUUCUUUUCCUUCUCUUUCACUCUGUCUUUCUUUUUUCAUUUUUCUUCAUCUAAUUUUCCUCUCUUUCUUCCUUUCUUUUUUCCUUCUUUCAAAUUCUUAUCGAUCCAUUUUUGCCUUUCUUUCUUUCAAUUUCUUAUCGAUCCAUUUUCGACUUUUCUUUCUUUAUUUUUUUUCUUUCAAAUUUUUAUCGAUCCAUUUUCGACUUUUCUUUCUUUCUUUCUUUCAAAUUCUUAUCGAUCCAUUUUUCGACUUUCUUUCUUUCAAUUUCUUAUCUAUCUUCGUCUUUUCUUUCUUUCUUUCUUUCUUUCAAAUUCUCAUCGAUCCAUUUUCGUCUUUCUUUCUGUCUGUCAAAUUAUUAUUAAUCAAUUUUCGAUUUUCUUUCUUUCUUUCUUUCAAAUGCUUAUCGAUCCAUUUUCGUCUUUUCUUUCUUUCUUUCAAAUUCUUAUCGAUCCAUUUUUGGCUUUUCUUUUUCUUUUUUUUUUUUUUCCAAUUGUUAUCGGUCCAUUUUCGAUCAAUGUUCGUCUUUUCUUUCUUUCUUUUUUCUUUUUUUCAGAUUCUUAUCGAUCUAUUUUCGUCUUUUCUUUCUUUCAAAUUCUUUUUUUUUCUUUCAAAUUCGUAUUGAUCCAUUUUCGACUCUUCUUCCUUUCUUUCUUUCUUUCAAAUUCUUGUUUAUCCAUUUUCGUCUUUUCUUGCUUUUUCUUUCAAAUUCGUAUGGAUCCAUUUUUGACUUUUCUUUCUUUCUUUCUUUCAACUUCUUAUCGAUCCAUUUUCGACUCUUCUUUCUUUCUUUCUUUCUUUCUUUCCUUCUUUCUUUCUUUCCUUCUUUCUUUCUUUCUUUCUUUCAACUUCUUGUUGAUCCAUUUUCGUCUUUUCUUUCUUUUUCUUUCAAAUUCCUAA